AUGUUCUAUGAAAUUCUUGCUGAUGCUCGAUUCGUACGGAGAAUAUUCCAACUAAGUGGUGAUGCGAUCAGAAUAGCAUAUGAUUAUUCUCGUCGUGCAGCUGGUCUAGGGACUUCUUAUACUUAUGAGGUGCGAAAGGAAUCGCAUCGUGAUAAGGUUAUCGAUUCUUCCGAAUACACUCUUGAUAACUUCUUCAACAAUUACUAUGUUGCAAUCAUGAAGAGUAAUUUGACUAAAUGGGCCGUUCGCUUAAGAAGAAAAGAUGGUAUUACUGAAGAUAAUAAGAUCAUAUUGACUGGAAUGACAAAUCUAACAGUUCUGCUCGCAGAUCUAAUGACUCAAGAUGGCUUAACUGCCUUCCAUGCUGCUAAGAGGACCAAAACUUCGCACAAUGCAUCAGCUUCGCAGUAUAAUAAAGUGAAAUCUUUGGGUGAUAAGACUUCAAUUAAAGUAAAAAAUAUUCCAAAAAGGCCUACGUCUAAAUCUUCAUCAAAAAGGUCAUCUUCAAUGGAUGAACUUUCUAGGAAGAGUAAAAGAUAUGAUUCUUCUUCAAGUUCAGAGUCUACUGAGGAUGAUAUCCUUGCUUCUGAUGAUUCAUCAGUUCCUUCUUCCUUGAAAGAGUUGUCCAAUCUUUUCGCUGGAGAUCUUCUGACUGCUGUUGAUAACGAAGAACUAAACCGUGCUUUUGGAAUGGUUUCUAAAAUAUGCGAUGCUCCUACUUUAGAUGAUUCAUCUCUUCGUGGAGCUGCCUCUGCGAUAAAUCCGAACCUCCAAUUCACAAUCAGCUCUUUGGGAGCCCGUUUAUCUUAUGUAAUCUCCUUAGACUAUCAAAGGAGACUUACUAAACUUGAGAAAGAAAAUUCCAAGCUUAAAGCCGAGAAUUCAACCAAUUCUGAUUUAAUUCGCAGAGCCCGAGAAAGAAAUUAUGAACUCGUUGACCUGUAUAACCUUUCGGAUGAGGCUGCCAAUUUUCCUGAUGAUGAAACCCUUUUAGAACACCUUAAUUCUUCUUUAAAUAAUUAUCCCAACAAAGGAUUUGAAAAUCUGAGCUUGGAGGAACUAAGAUUGAAAUAUGAUGCUCUUAGAAAAAGCCAUAGAUCUUUAUUGACUACGUUUAAUAACUUUAAACAUCGUCUUCAUGAGACCCAAGAAAAAAUUCAAGUUUUGGAAACAAAGAAUAAUAAGCUUAUUGAUGAGAAAAUUGAGAUUGAUCUUAAGGGUGCGAAAGCACUAGAAAAAUUCCAUGAGUCCAUUGUUGAGGUUCAAAAAGAACGUGAUUUAGCUUUGAUAGAAAAGAAUAUACUUGUCGAAGAAAGAAAUUUAAUUCGCUCUCAACUUCUCAUAGAAAGCGAAACUGAAUUUAGUUGGGAUGCUAGGGUUCUAAAUGAGGCUAGAGAGAAUCUAGCUAUUAAUGUGAGUCUUCAAGCUGAUCAUUUCGCAUUGGUUAAAGACAUUGUUUCCAAUUAUGAAGACAGUGUGGGAGAAGAUGAAGAAUCUGAAGAAGAAAAUAAUGGUUCUGAGGCUGAGCGAGAUGAAGAAAAUGAAAAUUAA